UCCACAAUCAUCUCUCUCUGCCAAAUUUUGCCUUGGCAGACUCCGGUUGAAGAGCGUGAGAUAUCUCUCUCUCUCUCUCUCUCUCUCUGGAUUGAACUUGGGACUGAGAUGAUGACGAUUCUCUUCUCAGCUCCACCUCUCAUCUCUGUGCUCGUCCUUCUCUGCACUACUCACUUUGCUGCAGCCUCCACUCUCCUGCCCGAUGACGAAGUGGAAGCGUUGAGAGAAAUAGGGGAGACAUUAGGGAAAUCAGAUUGGGAUUUCAACGCAGAUCCAUGCGGGGUAGACGGUGGAUGGGGCGACAACAAAGAUAUCGAUGCAACUAGCAACGCCGUCACCUGCCAAAAUUUCACUGACGCCGACAACAACUCCGUUCCCCAUGUCAUCAGCAUAGUCCUUAGGAAUCAGUCUCUUCCCGGCAGUCUUCCGCCUCAACUGUUCAGGUUACCUUACCUCAAAAACUUUGAUUUCUGUAGUUAUAAACCGAUUGACUGGUUCAAUCCCGAAGGAACUGGGAAACAUAUCCACACUCUGGGAAUUCUUUCCGGAGCUCUUCCUCCAGACCUAGGGAACUUGUCCCAGUUAAUUCAAUUGCAGCUUACUUCAAAUAAUUUCACCGGGGAGCUGCCUCAGAGAUUUGCUGAACUGACAGCAUUGCAGGACCUGCGACUUGGUGACAAUCAGUUCACAGGAAAGAUACCUGAUUUUAUUCAGAACUUUACAAAUCUCAGCGUACUGUUUAUUCAAGCAAGUGGAUUGCAAGGGCCAAUUCCCUCCAGAAUUACACUUUUAGAGAAAUUGACUGACCUGAGAAUAAGUGACCUUAAUGGAACUGAGUCCCAAGUUCCACGUCUUAAUAGUGCAAACAUCAAGACACUGUGA